AUGUCCUAUUUUCGGAUCACCCUAAUCCGUUCCGCAAUCGGCCUCCCAGCGCGGACAGGCAAUGUGCUCAAAGCUCUCGGCCUGCGCAAACGAAUGGCAACCGUGUUCCACCCAGUCACGCCCUCCGUCGCCGGUCAAAUUAUGAAAGUGAAAGAGCUGGUCGCGGUUUCGGAAGUUGACAAGCCUUUGACGAAGCAGGAGGUGCAUCAGGAGCGAGUGCCCGAUGCGGGGUUUUACAUCGAGUCAAAGGCGAGCGAGGUCAAUUAA